CGGAGCUGGGAAAAGGGAGGCAGAAGAGGAGGAGGCGGAGGCGGAGGCGGAGGCAGAGCCGGGCGCCGAGACCGACCGACAGACCGGCGUGGCUGGGCCACGCAGACACGGCCCAGUGAGCCCUCCCCGCGACCCGAGCCGGGCCCCUGAGCGCCGGCCUCUGGACUGGCCUGGGAGCCAGAGGCUCCAGAGCAGAUCCCGAAUCAGGCUUUCCUCGGUUUCCGACGAGGGCUGGCCCUUUGGAAGGUGCCUUCAACAGCAGGACCAGGCAGGCCACCAUGACCGAGAACUCCACGUCCACCCCUGCAGCCAAGCCCAAGCGGGCCAAGGCCUCCAAGAAGUCCACAGACCACCCCAAGUAUUCAGACAUGAUCGUGGCCGCCAUCCAAGCAGAGAAGAACCGCGCUGGUUCCUCGCGCCAGUCCAUCCAGAAGUACAUCAAGAGCCACUACAAGGUGGGUGAGAACGCGGACUCCCAAAUCAAGUUGUCCAUCAAGCGCUUGGUCACCACUGGAGUCCUCAAACAGACCAAAGGGGUGGGUGCCUCGGGGUCUUUCCGCCUGGCCAAGAGCGACGAGCCCAAAAGGUCCGUGGCCUUCAAGAAGACGAAGAAGGAAGUCAAGAAGGUGGCCACGCCAAAGAAGGCAGCCAAGCCCAAGAAGGCUGCCUCCAAAGCCCCAAGCAAGAAGCCCAAAGCCACCCCAGUCAAGAAGACCAAGAAGAAGCCGGCUGCCACGCCCAAGAAAACCAAAAAACCUAAGACUGUCAAAGCCAAGCCAGUCAAGGCAUCCAAGCCUAAGAAGACCAAGCCAGUGAAGCCCAAAGCCAAGUCCAGUGCCAAGAGGACAGGCAAGAAGAAGUGACAAUGAGGCUUUUCUUGUGGACACUCCUGCCUGUUUUCUGUAAAUACUUUCUCCUUCUCUCUUGGUCUCAUCUGCCAUCCUGGAUGCCCCUUUCCCUUCUGACUUUGUAAAGAGACAGAAUUUGUAUUCCUCAGAAAUUAGGGAAUAAUACAUUUUUCCUUAACCAACCAUGCAAGGACAGCAACAACAAAUAUCUCUAAUGAUGAGAA